AUGGAACAUACCCCAGCUCCAUAUGGACCAAGAUCUGUUUAUGGAUAUGCUUUAUACAUAGGUUCAAAUAUGCUAUUCCUUUUAUUCCUGGUAUGGGCCUUAAUACCAGAUCAAAUUUUACAUAAUUUAGGACUAACAUAUUGGCCUUCUAAAUACUGGGCUGUAGCAAUACCAAUUUGGGCUUUAACUGCCCUUGCUACAUUUGCAUUUAUUAUUUACCCAGCUAUAAACUUAUCUAUGACUCCAGAUAUUAAUGAUAUCACCACUAUUACAGAUAAACAUUCACGUCCUAAAAAAGAAAUUGUUCCAGGAAAUUGGUCCAUUACAUUAAACUGAUUAUGUAUUUCAUACAUUGCGCAAUUUGAUAUCAGUAAUCUUAUAUGGACUGAGUGAGGCAAAAAAUUAUAUAGUUGUUAACUGUACUUUCUACAUGUACAUACCGAAAAAAUGAAAAAAUUUGUGUCGAAAGAUAAAGUGCA